AAAGGUUACGGCACUUUGAAGCUUGCCCUGGAAGAAUGUUUUAGCUGGUCAAAGUUUGUGUGGAAAUGCCUUCCAUCGUAACCAAAAUUUUCUAUAAACCUGUGAAGAUGCGACCACUUGACUGGAAAUUGUUCAUAAUUUUCUAAGGCCCAAAAUUCUCUUGAGCCAUAAGAUGUUGACAAGUUAUAAAGGUCCACGUCUUCUCAAGCCAAGGAGAGCUAAUGACAACUUAAAUGGAGAUCUGGUUAGCUUCAAACUUACUAUAUAUAAACUUGCUUUAGGACAGGUAUAGAGUAUCAAGCAACAAAUUUUAAUCAUGGUGUUCACAUCCUUCACAUGUAGAGUGAUGUCCAUAUGGGCUACCCUUUUGACAUGUUAUGUUGCAGCAUCUGAAUUAUCAUCAAUACAAUUAGAAAAACAAGCUCUGCUUAACAGUGGUUGGUGGAGUUUCAAAAGCAAUUUCACAGAUCAUUGCAAGUGGUACGGUUUCAUUUGCAAUUCAGCCGGAAGCGUUACUGACAUGCGGCUUCUCUACAAUUCUGACUUAGGAAAAGAGCUUGACAGUUUUAACUUCUCUUGCUUUCCAAACCUUGAAAGUCUCAAUCUUGCAAACAACGACUUCUCUGGAAGCAUUCCUUCACAAAUUGGUGCACUUUUAAAACUCAAACGUCUCUCUUUGCAGUACAAUCAUUUUACUGGUGUUAUCCCUCCAGAUAUUGGCAGAUUGAGCAAUCUUGUGGCAUUAGAUCUGUCCUUUAACAAUCUCACUGGACCAAUCCCUUCAAGUUUAAGAAAUUUAACACAAUUGAAAUACCUAGAUCUUUCUUCUAACAAACUUGAAGGUCUCUUACCUCAAGAGUUGGGGAAUCUAAACAAUCUCACUCAAUUAAGAAUCAGAGAUAAUAACCCAAUUGGAGCUAUUCCUUCAAUUCAGGGUCCUUUAACCAACCUAAUUGAGCUGAAUAUGUCGUCAAACCAACUCUCUGGAAGCAUUCCAGCACAAAUUGGUGCAUUUCCAAAGCUCAAACGUCUUUCUCUGCAGCACAAUAAUUUUACAAGUGUUAUCCCUCCAGAUAUUGGAAGACUGAGCAAUCUUGUGGAAUUAGAUCUGUCUUUUAACAGUCUCAUUGGACCGAUCCCUUCUAGUCUAUGUAAUUCAACACACUUGGAAUACCUACAUCUUUCUUCUAACAAACUUGAAGGUUUGUUACCUCAAGAGCUUGGGAAUCUAAAAAAUCUCAUUAUGUUAAAAGUGAGUGGUAAUGACCUGACUGGACCUAUUCCUCCAACUCUGGGUCUUUUAACCAACCUAUUUGAGCUGAAUAUGUCAUUAAACCAGCUCUCUGGAAGAAUUCCAUCACAAAUUGGAAGGCUAAGCAAUCUUGUGGAAUUUGAUCUGUCAUAUAACAAUCUCACUGGACCAAUUCCUUCUAGUCUAUGUAAUUCAACAAGGUUGGAAUACCUAUAUCUUUCUUCUAACAAACUUGAAGGUUUGUUACCUCAAGAGCUUGGGAAUCUAAAGCAACUAUUUUACCUCAACCUUUCCUCAAACAAACUAGAUGGAAGAAUACCUUCUCAACUUGGAGAAAUUCCAAUCAUGUUUCUUUUGGAUCUUUCGCACAAUGAACUUUCUGGAACCAUCCCCAAAAAAUUUCCUACUGAGUCAUGCGAAGGCUUGGACUUGUCAUUCAAUAAUUUGGAGGGCGAAAUUCCAACUCAAUUGCAAUACUGCUCUACAGAAGAGCAAUUUUUUGGUAACAAAGGUCUCUGUGGGAAUGUUCUUUAUGGUUUUCCUUCCUGUCCCACGCCUUCUAAACCCAAAAAUACUAUCUUUCAUCAAGUUACAAUUUUUCUUCCCAUCACCGCAUUUCUCAUCAUGUCAAUCAUUGGAUUCCUGUUUCUCAUUAAACGCAAGAACAAAAUUGCUAUACUCAAAACAGGAGAACCAAAGAAUGGAGAUGUGUUUUCAAUUUGGAAUUAUGACGGUAGAAUAGCAUUUGAAGACAUGAUUGAAGCUACAGAGGAUUUUGACAUCAAAUAUUGCAUUGGAACUGGAGCUUAUGGUAGUGUCUACAAGGCACAAUUACCAAAUGACAGAGUAGUUGCUUUGAAGAAGCUUCACAAUUCGGAAUCAGAGGAGUUGACUUUCCUUGAUAGUUUUCAAAAUGAAGCUCAUAUAUUGUCUGAAAUACGACAUCGAAAUAUUGUGAAGCUUUAUGGAUUUUGUUUACACAAAAGAUGCAUGUUUUUGAUUUAUGAGUACAUGGAGAGAGGAAGCUUGUUUUGCAUUCUACGUACAGAUGAUGAAGCUAUUGAGUUAGAUUGGGGUAAGAGAGUGAACAUUGUGAGGAAUAUUGCACAUGCUUUAUCAUACUUACAUCAUGAUUGUGUACCAUCAAUUGUUCACCGUGACAUAUCAAGCAACAACAUUCUAUUAAACUCAGAAUUGGAAGCAUCUGUUGCUGACUUUGGGUUGGCUAGACUUUUAAAUCCUGACUCUUCUAAUAGAACCAUCUUAGCAGGAACAUAUGGAUAUAUAGCUCCAGAACUUGCCUACACCAUGGUUGUGACUGAGAAAUGUGAUGUUUAUAGUUUUGGAGUUGUGGCAUUAGAAACAUUGAUGGGUCAUCAUCCCGAGGAACUACUUUCGUCAUCAUCAUCUUCUUCUAAACAAAAUAUGAUGCUUAUUGAUGUAUUAGACCCACGCCUUCGACCUCCUUUGGACAAAAUGGUUCUCCGAGAUAUUGCUCAUAUUGCAAGAAUAGCAUUUGCUUGCUUGUGUUCUAAACCAAAGUCUAGACCUACAAUGUACGAAGUGUCUCAUGAAUUUAUUAGCAGCAAGAAGACACCACUGGAAAAACCAUUUCAUGAGAUUUCAAUCUCAGAGAUAAGAUACCAAAAAAUGGAGGCAGUUGAUAAUUGUGUUUCACCGUAAUAAAUUGUAAUUUGGCCUCUUUUUUAAGGUUGUUUCUCUUAAUGCACUAUGUAUCUUUUAUAUCGUAAAGCAACUUUUCAGGAUAUGCUCUAA